ACGCACCUUUAAUUACAAAGAUAAAUGUCGUUUAAAUCAAACACUAUUUCACCCCUCGAGAUAAUAAAUCAAGAAAGUUACCUGUAGGUUUUCAUAAAUAAAUAAAUCCGUAUAUAUACCAUAAGUGAAAAUGGCGAAUGUGACAAAAGUAUUGGCUACCAUCAAAGCGGUGAUUACCAGACUGGUAUUCGCCUGUCACGGCAUCAUGGCCAUAUGGCAGGUGACGCUAUUCAAAGGGAGUCUGUACUGGUAUUUGGCCGCGCCAAUCCUGCUCCUGAUCUUCGAGGGAGUCUUCACGCUGACGAUAAAGGAGAACCAGGAGUGGAAAUGGUUCUGUCCGUCCGUGUUCAUAUACUUGGGGCUGGUGGUGCCGGCAAUCUGGCUGCUGGAACUCCACAAAGUCGAUCUGCGGCUCCAGAAGAAGUCAAUCAACGCGACCUUCAUAGAGACGGAAUUUCCGAUCCCGGGGGGUAAAAAGAUAUCAACGGACAUGUGGGUCACUGUCAUCGAGCAGUUUCUGAUGUUGACCCUCAUUGUCGGGAGGUGGCUGCUGCCUAAGGGCGACCUGACCAGGGACCAGCUAAGUCAACUUCUCCUGGUCUACAUAGGCACGGCUGCGGACAUCAUAGAGUUUUUCGACUCCUUCAAAGACGAGAAGGUGGCCUCCGAGAAACUCCUCGUUCUGCUCACCCUUGGCAUUUGGUCGUGGUCCCUGGUGCAGUUCACCGUCGUCCUAACCGCCACAAAGUCCAGGAAGUCCCGCGGAGCAGGCAAUAGGUCCGACAUGAACAGCCGCGCUUGUUGCUGCACGAUCGAGGUGUGCGCCAUCAUGAUGAACAUAGCUCUCCAGGACGCGCCCUUCCUGGUCUUCAGACUCCUCAUAAUAUGCUACUACAAAAUAAUCAACUACAUGAAUAUAUUCUUCACCUGCAAGAACACGUUGGUCAUCUUACUGCAGAUGUACAGGCUAUACGUGUUGCAUUUGGAGAUUGUUGACGACAACAAUGGCGGCUCCGUGUACAGGAAGUCGGGGAGGCAGCAUCACAAGAGCCGGGAGAGGAAGCCGAAGGGAGGCGGAAGAAGCAAGCACAAGUCCAAGAAGCAGAAGACGAAGCACGAGGCUGGCACGUCUAUAUCCGUCAUCAGCGACCGAAGACACGACAAGAUCGACUCCGGCAGAAUCAGGGCCAUUAUACUGACCAAUUCGGAUGAGAUAAAGGAACUGGAACUCACGAAGCUCUUCAGUGAUCAGAUAACAACAGAAAAUGAAAAGAAAAAGGGGGGCAAAAGGAAACAAAAGUCUGAGACAUCGGAGGAGUCGUUGAACAAUAUACAGCAGACCACCGACGAUUCGGGCAUAUGACAUCACAGGAUAAGGCGGGAUAGUCCCAAACGGAGCCCCAAGCGAAGCCCCAAACGGAGCCCCAAACGAAGCCCCAAGCGAAGCCCCAAGCGGAGCCCCAAACGAAGCCCCAGGCACAGAGAUAAGCAGAAAGACAAACGAAACCGGAAGAAACGUGAAACUGACAGUGACAGUGACAGUUCGAGUUGAAUCCCUUCGUCAUAAUGUUCAUGACGUAUCUUGCCUUUCGCAUUUUCGAGAGAGAAAUUAUUGUCUAUGGUCGAUAUUGUCUAUGGUAUGUCGAUGCAUUGUGUGUCAUACUGAUCGGUGUUCGUUAGGAGUGGAAAAUGUUUGGCGACGAAUCUAAUUGCUUUUUUUAAGAAUGAAAACUGAGGAUAUCGAUUCGUCUAAAAAUCAAUUCGGUGCACUAUCGUAAUUGUCUAUGGAUUUAUUGUAUUUUAUCUAGAGGUAACCUUAUUUGUAUAGGAAAAAUGAAAUUAAAAAUGGCGGUUCUAAAUUAGUUACGCCCGCCAAAAAAGGCUAUUUUAUAUUAAAACUAUAAAAGCCAUUAGAAGAAUCAGAAAGCUAACUAUGUAAGAUAAUCUUAGGCGAACAUACCUAAUACAUACACUUUCUCUUUUAAAAAUAAUGAUAUCAAAUACUCAAGACAAUGAAAGAGCUAUCUGCAUUUUCUGUAAUAUAAAGUACGAACGUAAUGACAACUAGCAAUCAGCCCUUGCUUCGCUUCGGGAACAUUAAAUUUUAUUAUUGAUAGCUGAGUCCCGCGAUGCUACCAGCGCUUAUUGUCGUACCGCGGGUGACGCCGCGGGGCGAAGCUAGUCUAAAAAAAGUAGCCUAAGUUACUCCUUAUAUAAUCAGGUACCUAUCAGUGAAGGUCUCGUCAAAAUUGGUCCAGCCGGAACAAACAGACAGACAAAUAAAAAUAUUUUGGUUUAAGUACUGUGUGUGGUAGGUAUGCAUACUUCGCAUUUAAUAAAAAGUGGUUAUUUUAUUAUCACAAACAGGCAUUCCAAUUUUAUUUAUUUGUAUAGAUAUACAAUUUAAAACUAUAAUAAAUUCAUCUAACAAAAUAUUCGCUGACU